CAUCUGUGUUCAUGGUCAGCUGAUUUAAAGAACGGAGUUACAAAACAUUAAAAACUAGCAUACAGAGCAGCGUGUUAUUUCAUUUCCUUGGAUGUAGUCACCGGAAUAUGAAAUUCAAUGGAACCUGCUACUACCACAGCUCCGAUGCAAAGCGAUUGUGAAACAGAGACAAGUUCAGUCUGGAGCUGGUGGCCUUCCUGGCGUCCAACAUCCAUGUCCCUUCUAAAGACUGCAGAGUCAAAGAUUCUUGCAUGUAUCCAGAAUGACGUAUGGUCUCGGUUUGUGACCCUGCCAAACCGCGAUCGAAUAUGGACUCUGACCCUCACCAACAAGGGGGUGCGCAAAACUGCAGAACAGGCCCCGAAGACUCCCCUGGUGAUGGUCCACGGGUUCGGUGGAGGGGUCGGCCUUUGGAUCCGGAACAUUGACGCUCUGAGUCGAUCGCGGCCUGUUUACGCCUUUGACCUCCUGGGCUUCGGCCGGAGCUCCAGGCCUUCCUUCCCCUCGGAUGCUACGCAGGCAGAGAAGCAGUUUGUGGACUCUAUUGAGCAGUGGAGAGAGUAUUUAGGCCUGGAGAACAUGAUCCUGCUGGGACACAGUCUGGGGGGGUACCUGGCUACCUCCUACGCCAUCCAGUACCCUACUAGGGUGUCACAUCUGAUCCUGGUGGACCCCUGGGGAUUCCCUGAGCGACCCCAGCCACAGACCCAGGAGGGUCAGGGAUCAGAGAUAAACAAGAGGCCCCCCCUUCCGCGCUGGGUAAAAGCUAUUGCCGCUGUGGUUUCCCUAUUCAACCCACUGGCUGUCAUCAGAGCAGCAGGCCCAUGGGGUCCGGGCUUGGUGAACAGAUUCCGUCCUGAUUUCAAAAGGAAAUUUGAAGAUCUGUUUGAGGAUGACACAAUGACCCAGUACAUCUACCACUGUAACGCACAGACCCCGAGUGGUGAGGUGGGUUUCAGGGCCAUGUCUGAGUCUCUGGGCUGGGCCAAGAAUCCCAUGCUGGAUCGUGUUCACCAGCUGCCCCCCUCCAUGCCCCUCACCAUGCUGUACGGAGCGCGAUCCUGGGUGGAAAGCUCCUCUGGGGACAGAGUGGUCCAGAUUAGGAACCAGGCCCACACCAAAGUGCUGCUGAUAGAUGAUGCUUCUCACCACGUGUAUGCUGAUCAACCAGAGGAGUUCAACAAAGUGGUGGAAGAUAUAUGCAACUCUGUUAACUGAGAUGCGCUUGUGUGUGUUGUAUGUGUGUGUUUGUGAGUAAAGGACUGAAAGUGUGUAGGAGUUUGACUUUGGUUUUAGCACUGUGUUCUUUUUUUUGCGUUGAGGCAUAUCAAAACUUCCUGUAGCUCAAUAUGAGUUUGAAUGUAAUUGUGUUUUGAAUCAUAGUGACAGGUUAUUGAUUUUAUCGUAGUGAAGUUGUCAUGCCAUUUAUAAGCUGCCAAUCCUCUUUUUUUUCUCCAUUGAUUUCACUGUAUUUUUGGCAAAGCUAACAAAUGCUUAUCCAUUUUUCAGUUACUUUUUCAAAACUCUUAACACAAGCGACAGCACACCUACAUCUCACACUCAGCCAAAUAGUCGGGUUUCUGCUCAAAACCACUUUUUGACAAUGCAAUACCAACUCUAUAUUUCAAAAUGCAAUAAAGAUUUCUCUACAUACUAUAACUCUACUAAAACACAUCAAAUCCAUCUCCAUAAUCAAUCACACAAAGUCAAUCAAAACAGUAAAGAGUAUGACUUUGUACCUAUACCUGCAUACAAAACACAAUAGGACAUCAUUGUGUUUCAUAAUUCCUUUUACUGUAACCAACUCUCCCAUUUUAUCCUUUUUUGGGGUGAUUGUGGCAUUUGUGCAUUUCUGGCGACAUAUAAUCCUAAAGUUAUAGAAUGUACAUAAGAAAACAAAGUCAGUUAUACAAGCAGUUUAAAACGCUGCCAUAUAAAAAAAUGAUAUUACAUGAAUACAGUUAAAAGCACAAAACCCGUACACCUUUAACAUUUAGCUAACCCAUGUUCUUCUCCACAUCACAUCUAAUGUUGUCUCUUGCUUUGCACCUUUUGAUAAAAUCGCUUUCCAUGUCUUAUCUACCCGAUUUAUCAAAUGGGAAAAUAAGCAUAAUGGGGCCCGUUUAGGUUCCUUUAGUGGCAGAAGACGAGGGAUUAUACUAUGUCAAAGGUUGUUUUGUUUCAUUUUUGGCAUGCUAUAGUUUUGUUAUAAGUAAACUUGUAUGUAACGAAUAUUUAAGUAACAUGUUAAUUGACUGCUUACUAUUUUUCUUACAAAUCAUGAAGUGUGAUGUUAAUGGUGUGGUCCAGAAAAGAUAGGUGUUGUGCUAAUUGUCUUCAGAGUUUUGAAAAUUGGACAAAAGGAUGCUGGUGAAAAAAUUGUUUGGAAAAAAAAAGUUAUUUUGAUAGAUGAUUUAUUUAUAACAUGACUCAAUUUGUUUGUUUAUGUGGUCAUACAGAGUUAUAAUUGAACUACAAUAUUCAGUGCCAAAUUAUGUUGCCAAUUUAUGUGUUUUUAACGAAGUGAAACAAGCACACCGCUCUGGAUCACUGUGUUACGGAGCGGCCACAUGGCACUUAUUCACACUAUUUAUGUGCCUGACAUUAAGCACUGUAUGCGUUUCUUCUUCUCUAAGCCCCGCCUUUCUCGUAUAUAUUUUCCAUCGUAAAAAACAGCUGUUUGUAUUUUAUAUCUUGAAAACAAUAAAAUCCUAUUUAAGAAACUGCUA